AUGGAGGUGGAGUUCCGCAAACACCUUCCUCCUUACCGGUCUCUAGUUGACCCGAAAGCCCAAUAUGACUACCGUACCCAUUCGUUUGUUCAGUUCUCCCAGCUGGACUUGAGCAAGAUCUUGCUGGGCUACCAGCUCCCGAAAAUGCCCAGGGCCACCUUCAAAAUGAAGUAUAAGCUGUUGCUUUCUGACGUUUCAAUGAGAGCGUCCUUGCUUUCCAGGAAAGUGCCUUCGGUUUCGGCAAAACUGUCCCCUCCACGCAAAAGACCGGCUCCUACGCUGACUUCGUUUAAUGAUCUCCCUGAAGAAGUGCAAAUCAGGAUCUUUAGCUUUGUCAACGAUACUCCAUCGUAUCAGAACUGUCUUUACACAUCCAAGACGUUUUAUCGUAUGGCCAAGCCGUUCUUGUUCCGCUACGUUUCAUUCACUUCCACCUACCGCUUUGCACAGUUUAUCACUUACCUACGGCUCAAUUCGGCCUUGGGCAUGCAUGUGCUUGAGGUGGACUUGUCCCAGUUGAAACCUGGAAGCUGGGAAUUGGAGGCUCAAAGCGAUGAUGACCAGGAAGAUAACGAGUCUGAUAUGUUUCAGGACAUUUUGGCUAUCUGGGCUGGCUGGCGUGACUGGAAGUUUGCAAAUAACCCUUUAUACACUUUGCAUCCGCUCCCGGCAACGCCAUUGACCAAAGCCAUUCUGCCACAUUCGCCUGGUGCUAUUCCAUCACAUAAGAAACGGAAGUUCCUGAGCUACUUCAAGAAACGCAGAAGAUCUCAUACACGCAUUGAGCAUGCUGAUGAUCAAAAACCACAUCCUGGACCCCUGAGGAAUAUCCAAUGGCUCCUCCAGCACUCCAGCCAUCCAAAAAUCAACAAGUUCUUGAUGAACUACUCGUCACUGAAGGAUUUGCCGAUUGGCUAUAUCAUCCAUUUGAUCAACAUGUGUCCCAAUUUGCGUUCGGUCAAUUUCGGCAACCUUUCACUUUCCACCGAUUACUUGAUCACCCCAAAAAUGUCCCAAAAGUACCAAGGCUUCGAUAUCAUGAACAACUUUUCGAAAGAAACAAUGGAAACAAUCGAUAGUUUGUACCCAGUGGCCGAUGCUGACUUGUUAUUCCCAAAUGACACGAUGCGUAAAUCGCCCCAUGAUCUAACCUCCUCGGCUUCCUCGGUCUUCUCCUUGUCUACGCUCUCCAAGCCAAUCAGAAAGUACAACAGUUUGCUCCCGCCACUUCCAAAGCUGGUCAGAGAUAUUCUGUACCUUUCAAAAGGCGAUGGACUUGUGUUUUUGAGUGACUUGAACUUGAAGUCGAUCAACAGCGCUCAUUUGGAGACUAUAAACGAAGCCGAAAUCCUCAGUUCCAUGUGUAAGAGAACCAAAUCCUUGGAAAACAUCAACUUAUCAAGUAUGAUCUGGAUCAACUUGCGUUUGGUGAAGCAAUUCAUUGGUGACAUGCUUGCAUCGGACCUUCGUCGCAAGAAGGUCGAAGGUAAAGAAUGCACUGUGUUCAAGAAUAACUACUUUUCACCGCUUGAACCGCUUGAUGAAGAGGAUGAUGACGAAGAAGAAGAAGAAGAAGAAGACGCUGGCUCGUCUAAAUCCAUGGUACUCGACUUGAGCAAUUCAGGUAUGAACAAGAACCUUCGCUGGGCCCAGCCAAUUGAUCUCAAGACCCGCAAAGGCAGGAAACUUGUUCAUAAAAUCUUGAACGACGAGCUCCUUCCCUCCUUCGAAGAGUACAUGCUCCGUGAACGUGACAGAAUGGGCAGGCCCGGAGAGAACUACUUUGCUUAA